UCAAAUCAUUCACUCUCGGUAACAUUUGUUCCCCAACAAUCCCCAUUUCCCAAUUCUUCAACACAUGCAUGGAUCUUCACCACAACCGAUAGGUUAGCUUCUCAAAACCCAACAAUGUUGCACGAGCUUCUGCUAGCGUUACUGGGCUACACCGGCGACUUAAUCAUCGACCGGAGGGACCAACUCUCCGCCGAAAGCCCCAUCUCCGAUGAAUGCACUUUCAUGCUCGCUCCCGACAUAUCUUUUAUCGACCCAAGCGAUAGGGAACUUAUUGAGAGGAUCAUCGCGUUGGGAUUUUAUUAUAGGGAGCUGGAGCGAUUUUCAGCCAAGUCUAGGAAUUUAAGUUGGAUAAGGUCUGAAAAUGCCAACUCUUUGGAAAAAAGGGAGAAGCACAGUGUUUAUCGUAGGGCCCUAGCCAAUGGCAUCGUUGAGAUACUCUCAGUUUAUAGGUCUUCGGUUCUUCAUAUUGAGCAGAAGUUGUUGUCUGAAACCAUGCCCAUCUUGGCAACAGUUACUCAAGGCCUUCACAAGUUUUUUUCCCUUUUGCCACCUUUAUAUGAGCUCAUCCUAGAGAUUGAGCGUGAUGAUAUUCGUGGGGGUCAACUUCUUAAUCUUCUGCAUAAAAGAUGCCACUGUGGAGUGCCUGAAUUACAGACUUGCAUUCAAAGGCUUCUUUGGCAUGGGCAUCAGGUCAUGUAUAACCAGCUUGCAUCGUGGAUGGUUUAUGGGAUUCUUCAAGACAAGCACGGAGAGUUUUUCAUUAGGAGGCAAGAAGAUAGAUAUGUAGAGAAUAGCUCAUCUCAUCCAGACAUCUCUGAAAAGUUGGCGCGCUUGUCGACUGAUGAUGCAUCCUUAACUGAUUGGCACCUGGGCUUCCAUAUUUCUUUGGAUAUGCUGCCAGAAUAUAUUCCUAUGCGUGUUGCAGAAUCAAUUCUUUUUGCUGGCAAAGCUGUCCGGGUUCUACGGAAUCCAAGUCCUUCCUUCCAGUCUGGGGAUGCUGUGUAUCCUCAAAUGCCUAAAAGCUUUCAGAAAAUGCAUGGAUUAGCAGGGCGUUUUCAUUUUCAGAGAGAGCCUGUAAUUAAUACAGGAACAGGAGGGGAAGAUUUGCUUCCACAAUCUGAGGCCGACAAGAUUGAAGCAAUGCUUCUGGACCUAAAGGAAUCAUCUGAAUUUCAUAAAAGAUCCUUUGAAUGUGCUGUUGACUCUAUUCAGGCUAUUGCAGCUAGCCAUCUCUGGCAGCUUGUGGUUGUACGUGCUGACUUGAAUGGCCACCUGAAGGUCCUGAAAGACUAUUUUCUUUUGGCAAAAGGAGAUUUCUUCCAGUGCUUCCUUGAGGAAAGUCGUCAGUUAAUGCGAUUGCCACCACGCCAGUCAACUGCUGAAGCUGAUCUUAUGGUUCCAUUUCAACUGGCUGCAUUAAAAACUAUCGGUGAAGAAGACAAAUAUUUCUCUAAGGUGUCCUUGCGGAUGCCAUCUUUUGGAAUUGCAGUUAAAUCUUCCCAAUUAGAUUUACCAAAGGCAACCUCUUCCGCAGAUGGUAGCUCUGGUGCUUCGCUUUCAAAUGCUUCUUCAGAAAUGUCACUUGAUGGUUGGGAUGGUAUAGCUCUUGAGUAUUCUGUUGAUUGGCCUUUGCAUUUGUUCUUUACCCAAGAAGUCCUCUCUAAGUACCUCAGAGUAUUCCAAUACUUACUGCGGCUGAAACGAACGCAAAUGGAGUUGGAGAAAUUAUGGGCAUCUGUAAUGCACCAAUAUCACAGUGAUUUUGCCAAACACCAAAAUGAUCGAGACAAGUGCUCAAUAACACAGCAGAGACAUCAGAGGUUCCGACCAAUGUGGCAUGUUAGAGAACACAUGGCAUUCUUGAUCAGAAAUCUCCAAUUUUACAUUCAGGUGGAUGUGAUAGAGUCUCAAUGGAAUAUUUUACAAUCUCAUAUUCAAGAUUCUCAUGACUUUACAGAACUUGUGGGCUUCCAUCAAGAGUAUCUGUCUGCCUUGAUUUCACAAACUUUCUUGGACAUUGGUUCUGUGUCGAGGAUACUGGAUAGCAUCAUGAAACUUUGCCUGCAAUUUUGCUGGAAUAUCGAGAACCAAGAUAACUGUUCAAAUACUUCUGAACUGGAACAUAUAGCUGAGGAAUUCAACAAGAAAUCAAAUUCGUUGUACACUAUACUGCGCAGCAGCAGGCUUGCUGGAAGUCAACGGGCUCCAUUUUUGAGACGUUUUCUCCUGCGGUUAAAUCUGAAUUCCUUCUUUGAGGCAACUGCAAGAGGGGUGCUGAAUGUUGUGAGGCCACGCCCUACAGUUCCUGUCUUGAAUCAACAGUAAUAUCAUUCCACCACAAAUUCAAUGCUUCACACUUCAAGGGGUGUUUGGCAUGUGACCUUCGGUUGAGUAAAACUCCCCCUCCCCAUCUUGUCUUGUUUGGAGGACUGAGUUUUACUGUUGAGUUGACAAUCAAGUUGCUAUCUAAUGGCCUUUGCUGUUUGACCAUCCUGUAACUGAACUGUCCUUGGAGAAUAUCAGCUUCACAUUCCACUAGGCACUAAUUGCUAUUUGAGAAUGUGGUUCUUAAUCCUAGUUGAUUUAUUUUAUUUUAAACACUGGUCAGUUUUGGAAGGUGGUUCAUGCUUGUGCUUCUUAGGUGGCUGGUGGAUGGCUGUUGCUGUCUUUCCCAAUUUGUUGCCUUUUCUAUAUGUGAGCAGUGAUCGGUGUGUAUAGUGUAAUUGGUUUUCAAUAUUACGAUUUACGAUACUUAAAGUGGUUAGAUUGAUUGUUU